CACACAACCAUUUUCUCUCCCAACCGGUUCUCAAUUUGAACUGCCCUCUUUAGCCGCGGUGUUGUUUUCCGUCGCUGGCGAUUGCGAAUUUGGAGACGACCACCAUCACGACAAGUUUCGUUGACAGUCAUCUUGAAACUGGGGUUUUCCUUUUCGCUUUUGAUUCCAUUUUCCCCGUCCUUGUCGAAAAUCCCCGGCUCCGCUCUGACCCCGUAAGGCGCAAUGCCGGCUGCUGCAACCGACGGACCGGCCGUCGCCCUUUCCUUCGCCAACAACUUCUGGGGCAAGGACGAUGCCGGCGUCGAACCGCUCCUCCAGCGCAUGCACAAUGCAAAGCAAACAUGCGACGAACUGCGCGCCUUUUACAGCGCGCGCGCAUCAAUUGAGGACGAAUAUGCUCGCAAGCUCAUGUCGCUUUGCCGCAAGUCGCUGGGGACACACGAGAUAGGCACGCUCAAACAUUCGCUCGACGUUGUCCGCGGCGAGGUCGAGUCGAUGGCUAAGCAGCACCAGAACAUCGCUGCCCAGAUGAAGAGCGAGCUGGAGGAGCCGCUAGCCGCCUUUGCCGGUGGCAUGAAGGAGAGGCGCAAGAUCGUGCAGAACACGGUUGAGAAGCUGCUCAAGACCAAGAUUCAACAGACUCAAUUAGUCAACAAGACCCGAGACCGCUACGAGCAAGAGUGCCUCAAGAUCAAAGGCUAUCUAGCACAGGGACACAUGGUCAUGGGCCAGGAAGAGAGAAAGAACAAGGCGAAACUCGAAAAGACGCAAAUCAGCCUGGCAACAUCCAAUGCCGAAUACGAAGCGGCCAUCAAGGCGCUCGAGGAAACCACCGCCCGCUGGAAUCGGGAAUGGAAGGCCGCCGCCGACAAGUUCCAGGACCUCGAAGAGGAGCGUCUCGACUUUACCAAGAGCAGUCUAUGGACUUUUGCAAACAUCGCCUCGACUGUCUGUGUCAGCGAUGAUGCGUCGUGCGAGAAAAUCCGUCUGUCGCUAGAAAAGAUGGAGGUUGAGAAGGACAUCAUCACCUUCAUCAAAGAGAAAGGCACCGGCCAGGAGAUUCCGGAUCCCCCAAAGUACAUCAAUUUUUGCCGCGGCGAUGUCGACUCCCAGUCGGAAGCGUCAGAGGACGAGAGCUACUCGGUCGCACAAUUCCCAAGAAGCAUCAACCCAGCUUUCCGCUCGUCUUCGCCGCAGCCGUCGACAUUUGAGUCUCACCACGAUCCCAACUCGGCACUGGCUCGAAACCUCGGACACGGUGAUCCUGGGACACCCCAAGGUCGCGAUGCAGACAUGGUCCCCCAGAUGCCGCAGAAGAUGGUCUCGCCGCCACAGCAGGAUACCCAACGGCCGAGGAGAGAUCCGCCAAGGGGCUAUCAGCCUCCUCGGGCCAGCAAUCUCGAUUAUGACCCGGCCGAGUUCGCCCCAGUGCCACACGAGCCUUACCCAAUGGACGGCAUGACCAUGCUCUGCAGGCCUACCGCAUCCGACCUGAGCACCGCGCCGUCAACGUCGUCUGCGCGACCCUCUAGCAGAGAUUCGCACAGCGAAACGUCGUUUUCGAGCCAGGAACCCCCGCCGGCCAAGCAAGAGCCACAGCCUCCUGCAGCAUCUCCCGACAAGAAGGUUCUUAAGAAGAAGAGUGGUUUCUUCCAAAACCACAGCCCCUUCCGACGGAAGAGCACCAAGGAGAUUGCACCGAACAACAGAAACACGUGGCAUCCCUCGAACAAUCAGAGCCGGCCGCAGCUCGCCGCGGCCAAGGACAAUCACCAAGUCAUUGGCCCAGAGCGGAGUGCUAGCCCGGAUCCCAUCGCCGCCAACGCAAGCUUAGCCCUCAACGUUGGGCAGAAUGUGUUUGCUGUCGAGACGCCCGACCGCCAGAAGCAGGCCGCCGCGCCGUCCACUCCCGAGGAUGACCCCAUCGCACUGGCACUGGCCGAGCUGAAGGGUGUCACGACGGGUAAGAAUUCUGCAGGAAGGAUCUCUGCAGACCACUACCACGGCAUUGCCACGCCCGCUCCGGGGGCCAGCCCACGCCCCCGAACCGGCACUGGGCCGGGGAGCAAUAACAGCGUAGUUGCCGCGGCCAUGCGCGGAACCCCGCCGCCCUCGUACGACCAGCAAAUCCAGGUGCAGCGCCUGGGCGUCCCCCCGCCGGCAGUUACCUCCAAAGCCAUGAAGGAAUCCUCGCAAAAGUUCCAGCAGCAGACCCGCUCCCUCUUCAGCUCUUCGGACAGACCGGGCUCCGGCGGCGGCGGUGGCUACGGCAGCUCCAUGUCCCGUCCCGGCACCCGGGGCGGACCGGGCGACGUGCCGCGUGCGGCCUCGCCCGCCCCACAGCGGAGCGUCUCGCCGCGUCCAGGCUCCCGCGCAAGCUUCGCCAACUCGUUUGGCAGCCACGGCGGCGGCCAGCGCGCUGCCUCACCGAGCGUCUAUGCCGCCGGUCCGUCCAGCCACCGCGGAUCGGUUACGCAGCUGGGCAUGUCGCCCAAGCAAGGCCAUGCCCAGGUCCAGCCGCAGCGGGGCGCGGGCGCGGGCUCAGACCACUACUUCCGCAGCAGUGGUGGUGCCGGUGGCGGUGGUCGGUCGCCGAGCAUCAAUGAUAGCAUGGCCAGAUCGGUCUCGCCAUCGCCUUACAGUCCUAGAGAUACCCGGCCCGGCAGUAGCAUGGGCGGUGGAGGCGGGGGAAUGGACCACAUGGCGGUUCAGCUUGCGCCCGCGCCGGGAGAAGGGGAUGCGUACGGCGGCUCGCUCCGCGGCAGGCAUAACCGGAGCAAUACCGCCUCGAGCUUGAGCAUGCGCGGUGGUAAUCCAAAUAAUAAUAGUGCUAAUGGCGGCGGUAUGAGCCUGUACGAAGGCGCCGGGCCGGUGCAGGCGGCUGGGGCUGGUAGGACUAGGAGCAAGAGCGUCGCUGCUGCUGAUUCGGGGAGGUUUACACGGGAUGGGAGACCCAUUUUGCAUUUUGCGCGAGCAUUGUACAUGUACCAGGCUGCGAUACCCGAGGAGUUGGGGUUUGCCAAGGGAGACAUCCUGGCCAUCCUCCGCCACCAGGACGACGGCUGGUGGGAGGCAACGGUGCAGGGCGGGAACGGCAUGGUUGGGCUGGUCCCGAGCAAUUAUUUGCAGCCUUGUUGAAGGGGCGUUAGGGGUGAGGGGGACGUUGAGUUGUGGUGAGGUUUGCAUGUACCUGUCUGGUACUCAUGUAGGGAUCAUCAUGUAGGGAGCUUUUGUCUGACUUCUCGUGUGGGAUGGAAUGAUGCAAUGUACCAGCGUCAUACCUGAUGAUGUGUACUUUACGAUGUCGAUAGCUUUCGUUUGUCUAGGGGAGUUGGAGCAUAUAUCAUUGUUAUUGAAUGUAUCUG